CGGCUUUGCUCUGGCAAACAUUCCGCUUAGGAUGGCUUCGUCAUCAAUCCUACGCGCAAUCCUACGCGGAUUGCUUCAUGAGAUGUCGCAAUGCAGUGGCCUGGACUGGCAGCCUGUGAGGGCAGAACAAGCGGCCUUUCGGCCACCACGUCGCUAUUCUUGGGGAUCGUCGAAGCGCUACGAAUAUCAACUACGACACAGAACUGGUGACGGCUUGGAAGCAGUAUAUAGUCUCUCCAUGUCGUCCGCUCCCUCCUCGACUCCAACAUCCACCCAAAGACCCUGACUGCAGCGCACAUUAUAUCUACGACGGAGGCGCCCACCAAGCAAAGAUCACCAGAAACAGAUUUCCCUAGUCUCGGAACUUUCGAUCUACAGCCAACAUGUCAGGCCCCUACGGAAAUGGAAGAAGUGGAAGAGGUGACGGACUCCAACCUGGGUACAAUACCCCUUUUGGGCGCGGAGGACCACCACCAGACCAACCAUCUCAGCCUCGUCCGGGUCAGGGCGGCCAAAAUCGGGGCCCAUGGGAGCCUGACACGCGGGGACAGCAUUACGCUAGAUCGACUGUCCCAGCUCCGGAGAGCCAAUACCCUGGCUCGUACGGUCAGUUCCGAGAGGGCAUGCGCAUAAGAGCAGACCCGCAACAUCCUGAGCAGAUCAAGGAUCCUUUCAGUCACGGUGGGACAGAGGAGAGCGAGAUGACGACCAACGCGCUUUCAAUGGUUGCAAGGCAGCACGCAAUGGACAGUCACUUCCGACCCCAAGUCCUCGCAAUGAACAGGAACGCAAACGAUCUGGGAACGACGACUGGCGAUAGUUCAUAUGCUCCAGGAGCUUCCAGGAUCCAGGAAGCCACGGAUCCUCGCUAUCCUGCACAAUCAUCCAGGCAGGGGGUGCAAGCACGGCAAGGCCUUGAUCCCGGCGCAAGCCGUUACAGAGAUUAUCCCGGAUUCCCCCGUACCGACGGAGCGACGGGGCAGCCUACCGAUGUCCCCUCAAGAUACGGACAAAUGACAGAUCCAUCGGAUCCAUCAGGGAGUGGCGGUGCUGGUGGUUCAAGCUCACGAGGGAGACUGAGCAGAGGAGGAGAUGGUCGCGGCCCGACAUAUGACGACGGGAGAGGGGGCAAGUAUUCGACCCGUGCAUCGAGGCACGAUAUCCAGAGGGGAAAUCCCAACCCGCGUCAUAAGUAUACAACCCGUGACGGUCGCACAAGAAGUGUCGGCCCUCAUAUGAGGCCUGACAUGAUGCCGCCACCACCACCCCUUCCUCCGAAAGGCACUGGCGGCAUGGGGAGAUAUCAGGGAGGGGGAGGAGAACAUGGAGCGCCCCCGCCUGAGGAAAGGCUGUUUUUUAGAUAGGGCCAUCAAGCAAAUCUCGAUGUGGAUGCAAGCUAAAGGGGGGGAGAGCCAUUGGCGGAGGAGAGCACUCGGGGGACGAAGGAACGACAUUCAUCUGGUAGAAGAGGCAUGGCCUCAAAGGUAAACGACGGAAUGACAUAGGUUAUCAUAAGAAUUAGUUGAUUGUCAGGCCUCUGA